AUGGGUAAAACAACUCUUGCUAGAGUUGUUUAUAGAAUGGUUUCCAAUCAGUUUGAAGCUUGUAGUUUUAUUGCUAACAUCAGGGAAGUUUCUAAAAUACAUGGUUUACAUCAAGUACAACAAACACUUUUGAAUGAAUUAUUAAUGCACAAAGAUAUCAAGGUACAAGAUGUUGAUAAUGGAGCUCUCAUGAUCAAGACUAGGUUACGUCACAAAAAGAUUCUUCUUGUUCUUGAUGAUGUAAAUGAUUUAGACCAACUAAACAAAUUAGUUGGGGAGCAUGAUUGGUUUGGCCUAGGUAGUAGAAUUAUAAUUACAACAAGAGAUGAGGAUUUGCUAAAACAUAAAGUAGAUGAAAAAUAUGAGGUUGAACGAUUGGAUUAUAAUGAUGCUUUUCAUCUUUUUAAUGUGCAAGCUUUUAGAAAAGAACAUCCUAAUGAAGAUUUUCUAGAGUUGUCCCAAGCCUAUGUAGAUUAUGCUAAUGGCCUUCCUUUAGCCAUUGAUAUUUUGGGUUCCUUUUUGUUAGGGAGAAGUAAAAAUGAUUGGAAAAGUGAAUUAAAUAGGCUUCAAGCAUUUCCUAAAAGAAAAAAUCUCAAUAUACUUCAAAUAAGUUUUUAUGGACUAUCAGAAACAGAGAAAGAAAUUUUCUUGUAUAUUGCAUGUUUCUUUAAUCACGAGGAUCAAGAUACCAUCAUAGAAAUAUUAGAUUAUCUUGAGCUUUAUCCUAAAAUUGGAUAA